AUGGUUGUUCGGACACCACCGCUCAGCUCCCUGAAGCGGGGGUUUCUGCCGCAGAUACACCACCCUCUACCGCUCAGUAAACGGGAGUCUCAGCAUUUGCUGGAGUCCAUCACGACCUCUUUCAGGAAAAACCUCGACAAGGAGCACCCUUGGCAGCAUGUCGAGACCACAUCGCAUACCCCCUCUACCCCCUCUACCACGACUUCGAAGACAGCUCUGUUGCCGAAUACUCCCAUUUCCAGCCACCGUCCGACCGACCGACAUUUACGUGCGAUCCUCUCCAACCCCCUCUUCUCCCACUCGCACGACGUAGCGCAGCCGACCGCGCUCACGAAUACCAAGAACCCGUUUGACGUGUUCGACUCCGCCGUCCAUAGGGGCCUUAUGAAUGUACGACGCGCCGCCGGAUUUCUUGCCGCCGUCCGCUCCCACAUCGUCGCCCAAUCUCCUCACCAUGUCCGGCAACGCAUGGCCCAAUCUGGAGCCGGACUCCAUGUCAUCCAGUGGCUAAGGGCCUCGGGGCAAGAGAACGACCUCCACUUCCUCUCCGACGGUGCCUUGAUCAAAUGCAUCAUCCCCUUCAUGUAUGCCGAGGGCCUCCAAGAAGUGAUAUGGGUGUGGCUAGCACGUCUGGCUGCGCAGAUGGGCGCAUUGGAGCUUGAGAAGACGCCCGGCAAAGUCAGUGCUCCGUCUCUCGCCAAGCUCGUUGCUGCCCUCAUGAAAGAAACCAGCGAGUCGGGUAGCGAUGCACAAGUUAGUCUCGACAACUCGUAUUCGGCGCUUUCUAGGGCAAACGAAUUACUAUCACCCGCACACAGUAGGGCGGCGGCUGCCAGCAUUCGGGAGUCAUGGGUGAACCUUUCUUGGGCCUCGACGGUCAACGGAUGGCAACGGCCCAAACCGAGUGCGCCCUUAUUUGACUCCUUCCUAGAACUCGGUCAGCCAUUCAAGCUACAGCUUGACCUGGCUCAUCUUGAGCUCCACCACCCGACUACGCCAAGCCAUUCCGCUGCCGUGGAGUACAUGCGGUUGAAACACCAGGUCGCGGACGACGUCGCAGACAUGCACCUCACUGCCCGGUCGCAGAGGAGGAUGAUAUGUCUGGCUCUGGAUGCGGCCGAUCGGCUGAAGCAAGUUGGCAACACGGACGAGGCGUCUUUGGUUGAGCGGUUCCUGACGAAGAUGUGCGAGAGUGUCAACCUCGGAAUGCUCAAUCUGCAAGGACGGGACUCUUUCGCUUCGGAACUACCGAUCCGACAUUCUUUGUUGAGGUGA